GCCUGGCUACUGCACUUCCGCCCUUCUCCCUGCCUCUUCCGUUUCCGCCCUCCCACGGUCCUGACUUUCUAUCUACCGUUUCCCACGGUUCUGUAUCCAUGGCGUCCCAGGGGUCCGUAACGGCGGCCUUGCGGGUGGCCGAAGUGCUAGAAGGCAUCGCGAACCGCUGCGUGGGGCCCGAGGGCGGCCAAGUGUUGUGUACGAAGCCCACCGGCGAGGUGCUGCUUAGCAGGGAUGGAGGCUGCCUCCUGGAGGCGCUGCACUUAGAGCAUCCCUUAGCCAGGUACCUCGCUUCUCCUGCAGUCCGGAUGGUAGUGACGUGUGUUUCCAGUCACCUUAAAACCACAGGAGAUGGUGCCAAAACAUUUAUUAUUUUUCUUUGCCAUUUACUCAGAAGACUAAAUGCAAUCGGAGAAAAAGAAAAAGAUUCAUUCACUUCUGAAAAUAUUCAGAGCCAUGAAAGGCACUGGAAAAACUGUUGUCAGUGGAAAUCUAUUUCCCAGGCCCUACUAGCGUUUCAGACUCAAACGCUAGGUUGUAUUGUAGACCAAUACUUAAGCAGGCACUACCUGUCUGUCUUGUCUUCAUCUGCUGAAGGAAGAACACUGUGUAGGUGCUCUCUAGAGUUGCUCCUGGAAGCAUACUUUUGUGGAAGAGUGGGAAGAAACAAUCACAGAUUCAUUUCACAGUUGAUGUGUGACUACGUUUUCAAGUGCAUGGCUUCUGAAAGUGGGGUUGAAGUAUUUGAGUUGUUGGACAACUGUUUUGUAGAGCUGAAAGUUGGUGUGACAGGCCUUCCUGUUUCCGAUUCAAGAAUCGUGGAUGGCCUUGUGCUUCCCAGAGACUUUUCUGUGUACUGCCCAGCAGAUGGUGACAUUAGGAUGGUGAUAGUAACAGAAGUCCUCCAGCCUCUGUUUUCAUCGUCUGGCUCAGAGUUUGUUCUCAGUUCAGAAACACAGUUUCAGGCAUCUCAGUGUUGGAUCAUGGACAGGACAAAAACAAUAAUGAACCACUUGUGUAGUAAGAAUGUAAAACUGCUCCUGUCCAGCGUGAAGCAGCCAGACCUAGUUAUUUAUUGUGCAAGACUUAAUAACAUAUCCGUGGUAGAGUGUUUAUCAUCUGAAGAAGUUUUCCUUGUCCAGAGGGUCACUGGUCUUUCUCCUUGUGUCCUACCAGAGGUCACUUCACAGUGUGAAAUUUCUGAUAGUACUUUGGUGAAGUUUUGCAAACCCUUCAUCCUUAGAUCCAAGAGGUAUGUUCAUCUUGGCUUGAUUAGCACAUGUACAUUUAUACCUCACUGUAUGAUCCUUUGUGGACCGGUUCUGGGUCUUGUUCAACAACAUGAGAGAGCUUUUCAUGGAGCAUUUAAAAUGCUUCGGCAGCUCUUUACUGUCCUUGAUCUAAGUUACACCAUACAAACCAAACAGCAAUGUAAGCCAAGUCCUCUUGCUUAUGACAAUAGCAGAGAGUGUAAUCACUCACCAGAAACUGAUAAGCAUCAGGACAUAGUAACAAAGAACAAAAAUAAAUUGGAAACUCAAACACAUUUAGAAGUAUAUUCAAGUUUGGGGAUUUCAGAUACAGAAUUGAUAGCAGGUAAGCAAUGGUCAGCACAUAAGGAGACACCAAUAGAUCCAUUCCAAACACAUGAAAUACUGAAGUGCUUGUCUCCAGAAAAAAGUGGGAUAAUUGGUAACUGUGAACUGUUAAUUGAAAAUAAUUCCACUGGAAAUCCUACAGCAGAAGACACUAGAACAGAAAUUUCUUUCAAACAUUUACAGAUCACAGAUAAUCCCAUAAAGGGGUACAUGUCGCCAGUGAUACACAAGUCGCUAGAUACCUGUACUUCCCAGGGUUAUUGUUCAUCAGCUGUGCCAGCAGGCUGUGUUCUGCCAGUGGGUGGACAUUUUGAGAUUUUGAUGCAUUACUACCUUCUCAACUAUGCCAAGCAAUGCCAACAAUCAGAUGAAACUGUCAUCAGCAUGUUAGUAGCUGAUGCUCUUUUAGGCAUCCCUAAAAUCCUUUAUAAGGCUAAGAAGGGAAAAGACAGUUUCCCACACAUAUACAUGCGGUCUCUCCAUGCACUACAAGCCAGUCAACCCAUGGUAAGGAGUCAGUCAGGCUUCGAGUCAGUAGCUGGUAAGUACCAAUUACUAACUUCCGUUCUUCAGUGUUUGAUGAAAAUAUUAACCAUUGAUUUAAUUAUCAACAUCAAGAGACAGCCUCAGAAAACUGAUUCUGAUUCUUCUGACCAAGAAUCAGAAGAUGAACUUUAACACUAAGUUUUUUGCUGCUCGAAAUUUCAGUCUGGGGCCAGGGAGAUGGCUCAGUGGGCAAAGGCAUUAAUGCCAAACCUGACUACCUGUGGUCAACACCCAGAGUGGAAAGAGAGGGUGUAGUCCUGAGACAUGUCCUCAGUUCUACACAGUUCGCAGACACACUAAAUGAUAGGAAAAAACUUAUUCAGCUCAAGCUAAAUAUUAAAACAGGCUUCUAGCUGACUGAAGUCAAUCCAGUCCUUAAUUACAUUGAGUCCACCAGACCAUUCAGACACAGUUAUCAGCUAUGGAAACCUGACUAAAUAUGUCACCUGUCUUGGGUCUGUGCUAGUCUGUGGCUAAGGGAGCUUGUCUCUAUAUUUCUUUUUUCUGUAUCUCUUUCUACUUCAUUUCCUUGAACUAUAUGUCAUAGAGUCAUGUAAUCUCCCGACUUGAAGAUGUCAUUGUACAUUGUGAACAUGAAUAUAAAAUGUUAUCUUUUAUUGAAAAUACUUUUCUGUAGACUAAAUAUGUAAAACAGUAAAUAAAAGUCAAAUUUUCUUGUAAGAGCA